CUCUCUCUCUCUCUUAAUAAGCCUUCCCAUUAUUCACAUCUCUCUCAUUCUCCGAGUCGACUCGUUCCUUCCUCUGAUUUUUUCAUCGCCUAGGGUUUCGGUGGUUGAUCGAGAGAUUGAUGGUUCAGUUGAUGAAUUCCGGGAAGUCUCCGACUGAAUCUGAGUCCUGUCGCCGGAAAUGCGUCCCGGUGAAGCUGGAGGUCGAGGAUCCCUUGGAGGACAAAUUCGCGCCUCUUAACAAACGAUCUAAGCUCCAGCAGCAGCAGUGUAGUUUGGGUGCAAAUGCUUUUUCUGUACCACCAUCGCAAUAUAAUCCUCUUGAUGAGCCUAGUCCAUUGGGUUUGCGGCUCAAGAAGAGCCCGUCGCUUUUGGAUUUGAUCCAAAUGACGCUUGCAAAAGGAAAUUCUCCAAAGGUUGGAACUCAGGCCAAGAAGGAGAACAAGGGCACCAGUGGGUCUGCUACUACUGAUAAGCUGAAGGCUUCAAACUUUCCUGCUUCAUUUCUUAGAAUUGGGACCUGGGAGUACAAAUCAAGAUAUGAAGGGGAUUUAGUAGCAAAGUGUUACUUUGCAAAGCACAAGCUUGUGUGGGAAGUCCUCGAUGGUGGUCUGAAAAAUAAGAUAGAAAUUCAGUGGUCUGACAUCGUUGCUUUGAAGGCAAAUUACCCAGAUGAUGGACCAGGGACUUUAGACGUAGUGCUUUCUAGACAACCGCUCUUCUUCAGGGAGACCAAUCCACAACCUAGGAAGCAUACUUUAUGGCAAGCAACAUCAGACUUUACUGGUGGUCAGGCGAGCAUACACAGGCGACACCUUUUGCAGUGUCCUCAAGGACUGUUAGGAAAGCAUUUUGAAAAGCUUAUUCAAUGUGAUCCUCGCCUUAGCUUUCUGAGUCAACAAGGAGACAUAGAGUUGGAAUCUCCAUAUUUUGAACCGAGGAUUUCUGUUUUUGAUGACUCAAAUGAAUCAAACCAUGGGUUUGAUUUGAAUGGUGAGGAAAGCAAAGCGUUUUUUGAUCUGUGUGAUGCUGCAUCACCUUCUGGGGCUCAAUCUCCUUCACUGAAGAAAGAACAGCAAGAUCUUGUUCGUAGGCCUCAUGAACACUUUCCCCGUCAAACACCUUCACCUAGCUCAGUAAUGGAUACACAUGCUAUUGAGGAAAUCAGGAGCAGUAGAAUCGAAGAACUGAAGAAGCGUAUUGAGCAAGACCAAAUCAAGGUGCCCGGGCUCCACUCCUCUAUGUCAAUGAGUGAUCUAUUAAGCCACAUCGAGCAUCGGAUCUCAGAACAGAGAACAUCCAACAAUUUUGCCCUUUCUUUGGAAGAGCGGCAAAGCUUGGAGAAGCUGGAAGAGAUUAGCCGGUGCUUAUUUAGCGAAACUCAACAUGCAUCAGCUGACGAGCAACGGAUCAUGUCAAGAGUCAAUUCCCUUUGCUGCCUUCUUCAGAAGGAUCCUACGACUCUAAACUUGCAAGGUAAAGCUGAUGAUAGUUCGGAUGUGGCAGUGGCCAGGAACAUAGGCGGAGGACCAAACACAGUCCCCAGUGAGAGAAACGCACUGGACAAUUUUACUACACUAGAGGGCGAAUCCAACGACAGUGUGUCUGGUCGCAAGCAGGCUCAGGCUCCAGCCAUGUCGAGGAAGGACUCGGUUGGGGAGCUACUGCUUAAUCUCCCCAGGAUAGCAUCUCUGCCGCAGUUCUUGUUCAACAUCUCAGAAGAUUACAACAAUCAAGCCAGAUAGACAGUGAGAGAUUGAUUCCUCUCCUUUGCUCAACAAGUGUGUACAAAAGAAAAAAAAAACAAAAAACAAAAAAGGCACCUGCUUGAAGAAGUUCUCUGUGGUUGGCUGUAAAUAUAGAUGGCACUUUGCUGCUGCUUAUAUUAGUGAAUUCUGUGGAAGUUGUGAA